AUGGCCAGCUGGAUUUUCUGUAACUACUGCUUCCAGCAGCCCCACAGGACCUCGAGCUUCAGCGUGACCAGCUGUGGGCAUGUGUAUUGCGACAUCUGCCUGCGCAAAGGUAGAAAGGACGAGUGCCUGAUUUGUAAAGUUCCUUGUCGUGCACUUUCACUUUCAAAACAUAUGGACUGGGACAUCCAGGCUUUGUUUAUGCGCAUAGACGGGCUGUGCAGCAGGUACUCCAGAGAAACCUCUCAGAUUUCUGAGUUUCAAGAAAGACACCGGAAGAGACUGCUGACCUUCUAUCAAGAGAAGAUCUCCGCAUUGGAAGACUUACUGAGGAGGCCGGUGCUGCAGACACAACUACAGAGCACAAGGUCGUCCCAGCACACCCCUCUCAGGACAGUAAGACAUGCCGUUUCGAGUAAGUGCGAAGGGAUAAAACGGGUGGGAGCAAAAUUGGAUAGUCGUCUGCUCUUCGCUCCGGACUCAGCAGUGACCAACAGAGCCGAGUGCAUGGACAUGGACCUCACGCCUUCCCUGAUGAGAAAGCCAGAGCUAACCAUGGGGCCUGCCAGGAUCUCGCUCAUCAGCCCCCCUCAGGAUGGACGCAUGGAUCAGGUGGAUACCCCAUGA